UGCCAGUUUCACGCUUCACGCGACGUUCACUGAGUUCACUCGAUUCAGUGUCGCGUCGCUCGUAGAUGGUGAUGGUUCGUUGAAAGUCUGCGCGGACACCCGGGUGAGAUUUGACAAACGGAAACCCGAGAUCAUCGAAAAAGGUAUCUUCCUCGCGUCCUACACGCGUGUAGGCGCAUCGAACGGAAGGAAAGUCAACGUCGUUCGCUACCUCCCGGCCACGCAUUAUGGCGAAUUUGAGACAAACUCCGUUGACGUGCAGUGGACACACCAGGCCCGUGGUACAUCUCGCGUUCUCCGAUAUCACCGAGUCCGGGUAUUAUCUGAUUUCGGCGUGCAAAGAUGGCAAGCCUAUGUUACGGCAAGGUGAUACCGGAGAUUGGAUUGGAACGUUCGAAGGACAUAAGGGAGCAGUAUGGGGUGUCGCGUUGAACCCUCAGGCUACGAGGGCCGCGUCCGGCGCUGCCGACUUCAAUGCUAAAGUCUGGGACGCGAUCAAAGGAGAAGAAAUUCAUUCGUUUCAACACAAACACAUAGUCAAGUCCGUAAAUUUCAGUACCGAUUCCAAUUACUUGUGUACGGGUUCUAACGAGAAACUCGUAAGAAUUUAUGACCUGAACAAACCGGAAGCAGCACCACAGAUUUUCUCGGGACAUAAGAGCGGCAUCAGACAUGUCACCUUCUUUAACGAUAACACCCAGCUGAUCACGUGCGGCGAUGACAAAACUUUGAGAGUAUGGGACAAGAACAGCGGCCAGGAGAUCAAGAGGCUGGACUUUCCAGCGGUUCCAAAUUCCAUGGAAAUCUCCAGGGACGGAAACAUAAUUACCACUACUCAUUCGAACAUAGUCACUUUUUGGAACAGCAGAGAGCUGACGAAAUUACGUGAACACACUGCGCCAACGCAGAUGAACAGCGCCAGCUUGCAUCCGGACUGUAGUAUUUUUGUAUGCGGGGGAGAAGACUUGAAAAUGUACAAAUUUGAUUACGCUACGGGUGCAGAGAUCGAAUCGUUCAAAGGCCACUUCGGACCCGUGCACUGUGUACGUUUCUCGCCGGACGGAGAAUUAUACGCUAGCGGAUCGGAAGACGGUACUCUGAGAUUAUGGCAAACGACGGUCGGCAAAACGUAUGGACUGUGGCGGUGUAUAGAACAAACGCCUAUAAUACAAGAGAACGCUAAUGUGAUCAACAAUAAACAAGAAGUUCCUGCCAAUUAAAGAAUCAUCCAAGCCGAACAGAUAGUGCGAAGCUACCUGAAGAUCGAGGACGUUUCACGUGUGCGAAUCAAAAACAACAAAAGAUGUAUUUGUUCGAGCUGAAAUUUCAUUCUAUCGGCUGACGGUCUCUGCCAUAUUUUUUCUAAACAGAUCGGAUCGCGGUCGAAGAAACAUCUCUCGAGUCAGCCGUGUUCUGAACAAGACUAAAACAUGCGGACCAACCUUCAACAGUAGUCUAAAAGGUCAUGAAGGACACGGGGACGCCGUUCACUAUUUAUUAUAAAAGAGGGGGGGAAAAAGAAACAUUAACAUUUAUUAACGUUAUACAUGUCGCUGGUACACUACAAAAUUGGACAGAGGUGUAACGAUGAAGGGAGGAAAAAAAACAAGAAAAGAAAGUCGAUUCGGAAUUAAA